CGGAUCACGUCGACAAAGCUGCUGCUUGUGGGAGGCGUGGGGCUGCUCAGACUGUAGCUGUUUCCUGCAGCUUCCCGAUGAGGUUCUAGAUACGUUAGAGUUCACAUUUUACAAACUAUAACAACAUAAUAACAUAAACAUUUGACUUCCGGUUCACUAUGGAUAUGGCGACAUUUCAUCCCGUCAUCCUGUUUCUCCCCUUGGUACAAGUUGUGUUGGGCCACGUGGAGCCACCGACCAACGUCACCCUGCACUGCCACAACCUGCACAACGUGCUGAAGUGGAACUAUGACAAACUCGUCCCCGAGAUGAUAUUCAAAGUAUAUGUCCGCUCCUGGAAUGGAAAACUGGAUAUGCUUUUGGUGGAACCACCAGCGGAGCUACAAGCCGACUUGUCACCUUAUUCUGAUCCCAGAAACAUCUACUCUGUCUCCGUAACUGCGGGGAUUGGAAGGAAUGAGUCUGAUUUUGCCCCUUCGGAAAACAUAGAAUUCAGCUAUUUUGAGAACGCUCCAUUCAUGUCGAAAUCGGCACAAAAAUGUUUUCUUGACUUCCCUUUGGUUAAUGUCACCGUCCUAAAGGCUGGCACUGUCCGGCUUCGCUUCACCCAUCCCUGGUUGUGGUACAACCCUGGAUACGAUACAGAGAUGGAAGACCUUCCCUUGUUUCGAUACAGUGUCUCCCUCAUUGACGAGAAGGAGCACCCACAUAGCACCCAGUGUGAGGAGAGUGUGUGUGAGCAAGAACUCCUAGUGGACGCUGCUCAGAAGAAACACUGUCUGACGAUCUCUGGAUCUGUGAAGAAGAUAUCAGUUAGAAACCAACUACAGUUAUGCACCGUGCCAUUCGAAGAACCAUCGAGCUUAGAUCUCGUCCAUGGGUGCGUGGUGGGCAUCCUGCUGACUUUGAGUGCGGCUGCCUUUGUCCUCUUCAUGGUCUACCGAAAAAAGACCAAUGCCGCAAUUGCUAUUCCAGAUUUUUUGACAUUCACAGACCCAAUGAAGCCUGACAUCCAAAGAGACUUGAAAGAGACCAUCUAUGAGCCUGAAGUGACGUCCCGCUCACCCUCACAGUUGGACGAGGAGGAAGACAUCAAGCUUGUUAUCCCUUUUUCUGAUGAGCCCGGCGAACGUAUGCGCCUAGGAGUGUCGGCAGAGGGCGAAGGCAUUUCCGACAGCGUGGAGGUAACGAAUGAAGAAGGAUCCGGCUACACGCACGGCAGAGACUUGGAAGCAGACGAGCUGCUAGAUUCCAAUCAGGGGAUCUCUGGUUACGAGAAGCGUCCGGUGUUGGUGUCAUUGGUUCCAGGUGAACCGGCGGAGGGAUACUGCGCCUGAAGCUGUAACGAUGUCAGACCAUCUGACUGCCAUGGAAAAAGAGAAUCAGGAACGUCCCUCUUGUCGGUUCUCCCUUACAUCAGUUACAUUUUACGUUGCAUGUAUGUGUCAGAGCAAGCAACUGCAACUAAUGUUACAAACUCAAACGGCCUUACAGCUGUAUUAAAGUAAUCGCUAAAAUCAGUUCAGUCACCAGUUUGUGUCGAUGGCUGGUCCUUCACUAUUAAAAACACUAUUAUUUGUUGCCAAAUAAAGCAUGUUAAUUGAACAUGUAACAUAGGGUUACAACAUGUUGUUUUUCAUUUUUUUUACCCAGCCUUUAAAUGAAUUUAUGGAAUUCAAUGAAUUAAUUUUUUCUCAUGAGUUGAUCGGUCCACCAGAGGAGGAAGUGAUGUAACACUGUGCCCCAUUACUGUGAUUUAAACAUCUGCCUUUUAGUUGCUUAUUGUUGUGUUCAACUUGUUUUGUUUUGUGUUUUGUAAAUAAGUUAAAACUGUAUUAGUUGAUGAGCCUUACGAGGUAAAUCUGUUUGUUCUGACUCUGUCAGUGACUGCAAAAGUAAGUUCCCCCUGGUGGUGUUUUUGAGUUAUUGCAGCCUUAAUUACCAGGACCUUCAGUGUUCAGUGUUCAUGCGUAGAGUGCUCCACCACAGAGAGUUGCUUGUCUGAGCUUUGGGAGUGGAACCAACAGUGAGUAGAGAUGCAGUUGUUUUAUUUUAGUUGUUUUAUGACACUGUGAUCUUUAAGGUGAUGUUGAGGCAUUUAUUUUAAGUUACGAAAACCGUGCUAACUAUGCUAAUGCUAAUCGCGACGCUAACAGUUAGCAAGAGGCUAGUUAAGUUGCUAUGGGUAAUUUAGUUCAUUGUUGAGCUUCAUUUGUGGUGAAUGAGUGUAUUUCAUGUAUCUGUACUGUAAUAUGUGUGUUCAUCUGUGUUGCAGUUUUACCCAAAAACAUAACUGAGAAGAUUCAGUAAAUCAACCUCAACCAAAGCUACUGGGUCUCUUUUUAUUGGUUCGGUAUCUGUCAGCCAUUACAGAAUACUGUUAUACAGAGGCUGCUUUUGAAACAGGGAAAUUAUGCUUUUUUAUUUUUCUUAAACAGUUCGGUCCCGCAAUUUCAAAAAGAAAAUGACCGCCUUGAUUACCAGCCGGGAGGGUUGGUCUGAUGAUGUUUGAAUGUUAACGUUUGAUUUUGAGAAGUGUCCGUCGCAUUAACCAUUAAACUCAAGCACUUGUUUUUUCUCGUUUUGUGAAUUAACUGUUGCUUCCUCAGUUUUUCUGUGCCUAUCUCCUUUAUAAUGUUUCCCUUCCGUCUGUGAACCACCGUUUGUUUGUUUUCUUAUCUCCUGUGAUUUUUAAGCUUGACUUAAUUUCAAUAAAAAAUCGGAAACGGG